AUGGGCAAGACCGGUGACGCUGAGCAGGCCGUUCCCAGCCCUGCGCCGGCAGCCGGCGACGGCUCCGUCGUUCGCCGGUACGCGGCAGCGAUCGGCAGGGCUGCCGACGCCAGGUGUGUCCUUGUGCUGCUCCUGUCCAUCGGCGUCUUGUUGUUGGCCCUCUUCAUGCUUCUUCCUCUCCCUGCAUCAAAGAUCAUCCCUGAUGAUGACCCUGGGAUACUUCCUGGUGAAGUUCAGGCUAGCUUCUUCUUGUUUAAAAAACGGCAACAACUGAUUUCGCACGUCAGAAUGCUGCAAAAAGACAUAAGCAGAGAAAUAGGGGUUCCCAAUACUAUGGUUUCAGUUUCUAUGCAUACGUCCAAAUACAAGGAUUCCACUUAUGUAAAAUUUGGUAUUCUGUCGAACCCAAGAAAUUCCUCCAUAAGUGCACAGUCCAUUAUUGCCCUGAGAAAAAACUUGAUACAACUUAUACUUGAGCAGUCGAAUUUAUCUUUGACACCAUCUGUCUUUGGAGAUCCACAUUGCUUGGAGAUUCUGGGGUUCCCAGGAGGGAUCACCGUGCCUCCACCACCUGAUGGCAAUAUAUGCCGAACAUCUCUUUUCAACGUCACACUCAACAGGUCUAUACAUGAACUGAGGGUGCAACUCAAGGAGCUGGAGAGUGUGCUUAGAUUUAUAAUGCAGCUGACACCAGAUGAGGACUUAAUUGUAGAGAUGACAAAUAAAAAUGGUUCGACGAUCAACCUACCUGUUACAGUCCAAAUUUUAAUUGCUCCAAAUGAUCCUAGUAAUUGUAUACAAACCUACAAACUAAAACAACUAGCCCAUAUCAUCAUUAAAUCAAUUUCAAAAAACCUUGGCCUAAACCCCUCAAUGUUUGGCAUGAUUGAGAAUUUGAGGUUGUCACCAUAUCUACAAAGUUCUAUUCCAUCAUCUGCUCAUAGUCCAGCUCCAGCACCAUCAUUGCUCCCAUCCAAUCCUGAACAUCCAGAGUCAACUACCACCAAGCCAUAUGGAAGUUUUUCAUGCCCAGCUUUGGAGAGAAGACAAAAUGGCAUUUCACAUCGCAGGCUGUUGAUGAUAUCUCCCAUGAUGGUAACAAGGUUUGAUAGUUGGAAUGUACACACUGGCAGGAAAAUUCGCUCUCCACUGGCAAAAUCAGUGUUCCUUGUGGCAGCAUCCCGGCCAAAAUAAUUGAUUCUACACUUGUUCCUUCAAUGUGAUUUUCCCAGUUACAUCCAAGGUUGACAAGAAGCGCUGCUGAGCCUAAAUCCUACACUAAUGCUCAAGAAACCUUAACCAAGUGUACAUAUGAGAUGGUUAAUUUCUUAGAAGUAAGCUGGAAAACCUCCAGCUGCUAAUCAUAAGUUCUUGUUUCUCCUUUCAGAGAUUUUUCAUCUAAACAGCUUAUGCAUUUGCAUGAGUGAUAUAGAUUACUCAUCUCCAAGAACCGCUGUGUGAGCAUCUGGGUAGCAUCUUGUGCUCAGAUGCUCGCUU